UCUAGUAGUUAAACCUUUGGCAGCACCACCUGACUCACAAGUAAGUCACCCCACCCCAGAAAACACCACCGGAAAACAAAAUGGGCGACCCAUGGCAGGAGGCAUAUGACUUUGCUGUUGAAGUGGCGAGAAAAGCUGGAGCGGAAAUUAGGAAAGCUGGGGAGAGUGAAAUAAGGGUGAUGACAAAGAGCUCCACGGUUGACCUCGUCACGAAAACCGAUGAGAGGGUGGAAAAAAUCAUCAUUGGGUCUCUUAAAGAGAAAUUUGGCACACACUGCUUCAUUGGGGAGGAGUCCGUUGCAAAGGGGCAGGCGUGUGACUUGACUGAAAAACCUACAUGGAUCAUAGACCCAGUGGAUGGCACCACAAACUUUGUGCAUGGGUUUCCAUUCGUGGCUGUGUCUAUCGCCUUUGCCGUCAAUAAGGAGCUGGAGUUUGGCGUGGUGUACAGCUGCUUGGAGGACAAGAUGUAUAAAGCCAGGAAGGGAAAGGGAGCUUUCUGUGAUGAUGAAGCGAUUCAGGUGUCUGAUGUAAAAGAUAUCCAUAAGUCCAUUAUAAUUUCUGAGCAUGGAACUGACAGAAGCAAGGAAAAAGUGACAAAGAUCUUCUCCACCAUGCAGAAGAUUCUCUGCAUUCCAGUGCAUGGGCUGCGUGGGUCUGGGACAGCUGCCACUAACAUGUGUCUGGUGGCAACGGGGGCGGUGGAGGCCUUCUUUGAGAUUGGGAUCCACUGCUGGGACAUUGCUGCUGGAGCAGUUAUAGUGAAAGAAGCCGGAGGAGUACUAAUGGAUGUUGAUGGGGGACCGUUUGAUUUGAUGUCUCGAAGGAUGGUUUCAGCAAACAAUGAGGUUAUUGCUAAGCGGAUCAUCAAGGAAAUUGAAAUAUUCCCAGUGGCGAGGGAUGACGAGCCAGUGCAGGAGAAAUGAGAAUGCAUUUCAAAAUUGCUAUCAGAAGAAAAGUCCACUCUUUUGUAUCUGUAUGUCUUAAAAGCGUCUGCUGUAAUCACCACUGAUUGUCUGCAUUUGCAUACUGGGUGUGUUUCAUUGGCUGUGCAUGAUUUCAAUUGUCCAAAUGAAGUAACCUUCUGGUUACAUGUGAUUGCCCUUUUGUGAUUUGUAAAUAAAAAUAUUAAGUGAAGUAG